UGGGAUUUACUACAUACCUGCAUUUAGCUUCUCACAUUUCUACUUUAUGGAGCAUCAAUUCAACUGGCUUAUCUUAUCACUAUUUUCAGCACUCAUCAGGCUCACUCUAUGCUACCAAGAUGGAUUCUUGAGUUUAGCAUGUGGUGGAAGUGUGAACUACGUCGAUUCUUCCAAUGUUUCGUGGACAGCGGAUGGAUAUUAUGUGAGCAAAGGGAACAUCAGUAGUGUUGUUUUCCCAGAGGGCACGUCUCGCUCGCUCAGAUUCUUCCCGGAUUCGUUGGGGAGAAACUGCUACAGGCUACCAUUGCACAACACCUCAUCGCUGUUUCUUGUGAGGAGCACGUUCGUGUACAAGAACUACGACGGCCUUGAGAAGCCCCCUGUGUUCUCUGUCUCUCUUGGCACGGCUAUCACCACCACGGUCAAUCUUGCCCACACCGAUCCUUGGAUUGAGGAAUUCGUGUGGGCGCCUAAUAAGGAUGUGUUGCCCUUGUGCUUCCACUCCAUCCCGAAUGGGGGGUUCCCGGUCGUCUCGUCUGUUGAGGUCCGGCCUCUGCCUGUUGGGGCCUACAGCGCUGCGUUGGGAGAUUGGAGCAGUAAGCUUAUGAGGAAGGCGUACCGUAUCAACUGUGGCUAUGUCGAUGGACCACUGAGGUACCCUCUUGAUCCAUAUGAUAGAAUAUGGGAUGCUGAUGAGGAUUACUCGCCUUACCACGUCUCGUCUGGCUUCGACAUCGAUAGCAACUUCAGCCUGUCCGGCAUCAAGGAGAGCCCCCCGUGUGUUAUACUGCAGACAGGGCGCGUUUUAGCCAGGUGGAACAGCCUCGUAUACGCGCUGCCUCUAGACAGCUUGGGAGACUACCAUGUUGUCCUCUACUUUGCUGGCAUUCUGCCAGUCUCCCCAUCAUUCGACGUGCUGAUCAAUGGGAACGUCGUCUACUCAAACUACACAGUGGCACGCUGGGAGGCGAGCAGCCUCUUCUUUACUGUGAGAGGGAUCAGGAGCUUGAACGUUACGUUGAAGGCCAUCGCCUACUAUCCUCUGGUGAAUGCUCUUGAGGUUUACGAGAUUCUCGACGUUCCUCUAGACUCUUCUUCAACUACAGUUUCAGCGCUCCAGGUUAUCCAGCAGUCCACGGGGAAGGAUCUCGGGUGGCAAGAUGAUCCAUGCUCUCCAACACCAUGGGAGCACAUCGGCUGUGAUGGAAACCUUGUUACAUCACUGAGACUCUCGGAUAUCAACUUGAGAAAGAUCAGCCCUAUAUUUGGUGAUCUGCUGGAUCUAAAAGCACUGGAUCUGCACAACACUUCUCUUGCUGGAGAAAUACAAAACUUGGGAGGCCUACAGCAUCUUGAGAAACUGAACUUGAGCUUCAAUCGGUUAACAUCAUUUGGUUCUGAGCUGGAAGACUUGAUGAACAUUCGAGUUCUGGAUCUGCAGAACAAUAGUCUGCAAGGGGAAGUACCUGAGAGCUUGGCAGAGCUGAAGGAUCUUCAUCUGUUGAACCUGGAGAAUAACAAGCUACAAGGGCCACUCCCGCAGUCACUAAACCGAGAAAGCUUAGAAGUCAGGACAUCGGGGAAUUUAUGUCUCUCCUUCUUGACGACAUGCAACGAGAGCUCAAGCAAUUCUUCGCUCCAAACUCCACAAGUCACGGUCUUCACCCCAGGAAAGCGCAAAAACCAUACACAUCUAGGUGUUGUACUUGGUGUAGUGUGUGGUGCUGUUCUUGCUCUUUUUGCCAUCGCGUUUUCAGCUCUCCUGUACAUCAAGAAUAAGAGAGGCGAAAGCGCGUCUAUACCAAAAUCAGAAGUGGACAUGCAUACAUGGGGUUCAGCAAGAGUUUUCACUUACAAGGAGAUCAAAACAACCACAAACAAUUUCAAACAGGCCAUAGGGCGUGGUAGCUUCGGAUGUGUGUAUGCUGGCAAGCUCCCGGGUGGCAGACUCGUAGCUGUUAAAGUCCGGUUUGACAAAACUCAGCUCGGAGGUGAAUCUUUCAUCAAUGAGGUGUCUCUUCUGUCACAAAUUCGCCACCAGAAUCUUGUAUCCUUGGAAGGAUUCUGCUGUGAAUCAAAGCAUCAGAUUCUGGUUUACGAGUUCUUACCCGGUGGAUCCUUGGCCGAUAACCUCUAUGGGGCUAAAAGUAAGAAACUGACACUAAGUUGGGUGCGUAGACUGAAAAUUGCUGUGGAUGCUGCAAAAGGUUUGGACUACCUACACAAUGGAAGUGAUCUACGGAUAAUUCAUCGCGACGUGAAGAGCAGCAACAUACUUUUAGACACGGAAAUGAACGCUAAAGUCUGUGAUUUUGGCCUUUCUAAGCAAGUGGCUCAGUCAGAUGCAUCUCAUGUCACUACUGUAGUCAAAGGCACUGCAGGCUAUCUAGAUCCAGAGUACUAUUCCACUCAACAGUUAACUGAGAAGAGUGAUGUAUAUAGCUUCGGAGUUGUACUUCUCGAGCUGAUAUGUGGCAGAGAGCCGCUCACUCACACAGGAACUCCAGAUUCCUUCAAUUUGGUCCUUUGGGCUAAACCGUACUUACAGGCUGGGGCAUUUGAGAUUGUGGAUGAGAGCCUAGAGGGAAGCUUUGAUGCAGAGAGCAUGAGAAGGGCUUCUCUGAUUGCUUGCAGGUCGGUUGAACGAGAUGCGUUGCGCAGGCCGAGCAUUUCAGAAGUGGUGGCUGAGCUCAAAGAAGCAUACAAUCUCCAGCUAAACUAUCUUGGAACCUCUGCUGCAAAUUAAGAGAUCUUGACAGGCAUUUUGCACGAAUAGGAUCGCCUGUGGCCGUGAUUCGCCUCAAUGGAGACGGGGAGAGAGGCAUGAGUGUGUAACUUAUUUUGUGAGAUGGUGAGAGAAACAGGGAUGUUAACUUACUCAAACAAUGGAGGCCAAUUUAUGUGGAAUUUGUAUUUCUAUA